AGCAGCAGCAGCAGCAGCAGCAGCAGCAGCAAACUCCACUAAUGCAUCUGGUAAUAUAAAGCAAAAAAGUAUGGACUUGAAGUGGAUCAAUAACUCGUCUUAUCAAGAUAAAGAUAAGAAAAGUCGAGAGGAGGAACAAGACAAGGCCAAAGAGACUUUGAUACGAUUCCAACAGCUGACGUGUGAUUCACUACCUCAUUCACCUCCACACACACCUUUAGGCUCCUUCUUGACAAAAGAAGCGAGUCCAACUACACCUGCUUCUUUUUCCUCUUCCUUAUCGUCUAUGCCAUCUGAACCUUCCACCCAUGUCGAUCUAUCCAACACACCGAGCCUAUUACCCAUCCCAGACGAUGCAUCCAAAGAUAAAGAAGCAAGGUCUUUCAAAAAACGACGGUCUUUAGCAGAACUCAGCUUGAGCUGUUUUACAUUGAUCAGAACCCUCGGCACAGGAUCUUUUGGCCGUGUCCAUUUAGCACGCUCCAACGCCAACCACAGUGGUUAUUGUGCCAUCAAAGUACUCCGAAAAAUAGACAUUGUCCGUACAAAACAAGUAGAACACACACGCAAUGAACGCAGCAUACUGGCCCGACUUCACAGUCCUUAUGUGGUGCAGUUGUACGGCACGUUUCAAGACGAUGCUCGUCUCUACAUGGUGUUGGAAUAUGUACAGGGAGGAGAGCUGUUUUCGUACAUGCGACAACGUGGCCAAUUAAAAGAAGAAGAAGCUGCGUUUUAUGCCGCUGAAGUGACAUGGGCGAUCGACUAUCUUCAUUCGCAAGACAUUGUGUAUCGUGAUCUCAAGCCCGAAAAUAUACUCCUGGAUGCUCAAGGACAUGUCAAAUUGACGGAUUUUGGAUUCGCCAAGUUAGUACCCGACAUUACGUGGACAUUGUGUGGCACACCGGAUUAUCUUGCACCCGAAAUUAUCCAAUCCAAAGGCUAUGGAAAGGCCGUUGAUUAUUGGGCCUUGGGUGUCCUUAUUUACGAAAUGCUAGCAGGUGUUGCACCGUUCUAUGAUGAGAAUCAAUUUAAACUCUAUGAAAAGAUUGUGGCAUGUGAGCCGAAUUAUCCAUCGACCUUUCGUCCGACUGUCAUCGAUCUGUUAAACCACCUGCUGACACCGGAUCUCAGUAACCGUUAUGGUAAUUUAAAAGAGGGUCCUCUCGACGUGAUACGGCAUCCUUGGUUUCAGCAAUGUAGCAUUGACGUAGGCAAGUUGAAACGUCGACAAGUCACAGCGCCUUUUGUGCCUACGGUACAAGAUGAAGGCGAUGCAAGCCAUUUUGAUACCUAUGAAGAAGAGCGUAUGCCUUAUGGUCAACCUGAACCUGAUCCGUAUCGAAAAUACUUUACCGAUUUCUGAAAAAGAUGGCGCCCCCCUUGUAAAUAGUGUAGACUGCGGUUGUUGUUUUUUUUUUGUAUAUAAUCUAUUUAUUUCUGUCACUCAUAAACACAAAUGAAUUAUCAAUGGCAUGCGGUUGUUUUUUUUUUUUCAUACACCAUGAUAAUGAAGGUACUUUUUUCGAUACAGUUUUGGGCCCAAUCAGAACACUGGAAUUUAUUUUUUACACGUAGCACUCAAUUAUUUUUGUUGAUCCACUCUAGCAGAUAUCUCCAUGAUGUCCGCUUUUCUAUUUUAUUUUCAUAGAAAGAAAAAAAAAAAAAAAAAAAAAAGAAA